AUGACUUUACUAAAGCAGUUUACUGAGAGAAGACACUUAGUCUUCUGUACCACAUCCCUGUAUAUGAAUGUCUUCCACAGGGAAAUGGUCACUCUCCUUUGGCAAGACGCAAGCGUAACGUGGAGGCCCAACACGUUCUACCACUGGAAGGUGAUCCACCGGCCCAAAAUAGGGCUCCUCCGGCUCACCAUGUACGAGAACGGGAAGCUCUUAAGCGACUCCGGCAACAUCUACGACUCCCGGCUCAAGGGCGGCCGGCUUGGGGCGCUCAGCAACUCGCAGAGGAGGAUUCUGUGGGUCUACAUGAAGUACAGCUGUAACGAAAAAGUGCCUCAGGCUGCAUACAACGACCUGCCACCAGCCCUCCAGGCCCAAGUAGAGGUCGACGAUGGAAGCUAUCAACCCUCUGGAAUAUAAAACCUACCGGAUUGUUUAGUCGUAUGCGUUUUAAAGUGGGUCUGUAUUAGUUUGAAAGAAAGAAAGAAAGAAAGAAAAAAUAUAAAGGUAAUUUCAUUUUUCGUGCACAGUUAUG